UGUAUAAAGUAAUCGUUAACUGUUGUGGAGGUCACACUUUCGUUCUCGAACGGAGGCUAUGGAGUUUGCAAUCUCAUCUCCUUCUUCCAUCGCUACUUCUGUUUGUUCUUCUGCUUCCUUAACUUCUCCUUCCAAGAAGCUUCUCCCUCUCUCCAAUUUCCCGUUUCUUAAUCCUUCCAAGAAGCAUCCUUCUUUCCCAGAGAUUCGCACCACUCCGCAAUUCUCGUCCGCCGCCGCAACUCGCCGUCACGGCCACCGUUUCAUCCAGGCUUGCUCUAAAGUCGAUGCUGCUGGAACUGAUCCAUUGUUCACCAAAGUUUUCCAAUUCCGGGAUGCAUUGUGGCGAUUCCUGAGGCCUCACACGAUUCGUGGAACGACAAUCGGAUCAAUCUCCUUAGUAUCCCGAGCUUUAAUCGAAAAUCCAGAAUUGAUACGAUGGUCGUUGCUGCUAAAGGCAUUUUCGGGGCUUUUAGCACUCAUAUGUGGAAAUGGUUAUAUAGUAGGAAUCAAUCAGAUAUACGACAUUGGUAUAGAUAAGGUGAACAAGCCUUACUUGCCUAUAGCUGCAGGAGAUCUUUCGAUUCAAUCGGCGUGGUUGUUAGUGUUAGUGCUCGCCGCCGUUGGUCUAGUAAUUGUUGGGAUGAAUUUCGGCCCUUUCAUUACUUCGCUUUACUGCCUCGGCCUUUUCCUCGGCACCAUCUACUCAGUUCCCCCCUUCCGAAUGAAACGGUAUCCCGUUGUUGCAUUUCUCAUAAUCGCCACGGUUCGAGGGUUCCUCCUCAAUUACGGCGUCUACUAUGCCACCAGGGCAGCUCUUGGUCUUACAUUUCAAUGGAGCUUCCCCGUUGCAUUCAUCACCACGUUCGUAACGUUGUUUGCUCUUGUUAUUGCCAUAACAAAGGAUCUUCCCGAUGUGGAAGGGGAUCGCAAGUUUCAGAUAUCGACUCUGGCAACAAAACUUGGUGUAAGAAAUAUUGCAUUGGUUGCAUCCGGGCUUCUGUUGAUGAAUUACGUCGGUUCUGUUCUCGCAGCUAUAUAUUUCCCUCAGGCCUUUAGGAGAAGCUUGAUGAUACCUUCGCAUACUAUCUUGGCCAUAGGUCUAAUUUUCCAGGCAUGGAUACUUGAAAGAGCUAACUACACAAAGGAAGCCAUAUCGGCAUUUUACCGUUUCAUAUGGAAUUUAUUUUACGCCGAGUACGCACUAUUCCCUUUCAUCUAGUAGAUUCGAAAAGAGUCCCCGGGGGGUUUAGCGAUGGCUAUAAUUACGAUGGAGAUGUGCUUGGUGUCGCUCUAGCCAGAUUCUUCUUCGGAGGGAGGUUACUUGAGAACAAUGCUUUAUAAUUACUCCAACUUGUACGUUUUCGAGGAUCUCGUUCGCUUCUUUAACCAUUGAUUGCAAGUUUUGUU